CUUUGGACGUUGCUCUUUGCCGGCAGUGCUUCCUACUCGAGGAGCUUCACGAGCACAACACUGCCGCCACCUCGACCCAUACAAGCACACUUCACGACAACACUACGACUUUCAUCCCAUCUACCACCUGACAUGUCAUCCGCUACUGACCUCGCCGAGACCAAGCACGCCGGAGAGGACGGCUCUACGCUCGAAGCCCCUCCCGCAGAGCCACAGCCGCAAAGACCGCAACCUCCUCUCUCAACAAAGACUUCCCGAAGCCUCUCUGCCUCGACGGACGGACUCGUCCUCUUUGACCUCACCAACGAGGUUGGGGGCACCCUCGCCUUUUCACCACACUGCAUGAAGUCCAUCAUCGACCUCAAGCUGCUUGGGGUAGGAUAUGAAAGACAAAGAUUGAGUUUCGUCCAAGUGCGAAGAGAUCUGGAGAAGCGCAUCGGACAGGGAGUGACGGUACCGAGCUUAGAGCUGAGUGAUGGAAGUCACUUGACCGAUAGCUGGAAGAUUGCCGAGUAUCUCGAAGCCAAGCAUCCCCGCGGCUUCCUCCUCUUCCCAAACUCAGCCGUGAAGUCCUAUGCCGCCUCUCUAAACGAGUUCGGCAAGCUCCUCGCCCCGCAUAUCGGAGCUCUCACCAUCCCUCAAAUUGCCCAAAAGCUCGACGAGCCCUCCCGCGAGUACUUCAUCGACUCCAAGAUCGGUCAAGCUCGUUUUGGACGUCUGAGUGGACUAGGAGAAGAGGAGAAGGAGGGACAUGUACAGAGUGCAAAGAAGAUGCUGGGGAUCGUGGAAAGCAGUCUGGCGUGCGAGGCGGCCAAGGCUGAUGCGGGGAGUGUGCAGAGUGGGGGCAACAGGUGGCUAGCGGGGACGGAGCUACCGAGUCAUGCUGAUGCCUGCCUCUUCGGCUGGUACUGCUACACGCGCAGUGCAGGCGACGCAGCCACGAGGGAAAUUUGGUUUGAGCAUGAGCACCUCAAGAAGUGGGUAAAGGACAUGAUUCAGUGGUGUGGACCCGAGAUCACAAAUGACUUGAUCUGAGCUGGAGGGGGCCGGGGGCAGGAGAGAGUAGCAGGAGGGGUCGGAAGGUGGGGAAAAGGG